AUGAAUCUCCCACCAUCUCAGCUCCGGAGACGUCCAUCCAAUGCCUCUCCAUUGCCGGUAACUAUCCCCAACGACCUCAUCUUCGAAGUACUCUCCUUACUUCCUGUGAAAUCUGUUAUGCGAAUGAGAUGCGUCAGUAAGUUCUGUAACUCCCUCUAUACUGAUCCUAUCUUUGUUAAAUUACACCUUCACCGAUCUCCACAAGAUCCUCACCUUGCACUUAUCACUAACAGUCCCUCUGAGACAGCCAGACUCGUACCUUUCCCGGUAAACAAUUUACUAGAGAACUCUCCGAUCACCCUUACCGAUCACCCUUCAUACUUUAUCAACAACUAUUUCUACCCGUUGGAACUCGUCCACCAGGUGAUUGGUUCAUGUAAUGGAUUGAUAUGUAUCCUCAGUUAUUCCGAUAUUAAUCCAUUCUUUUGGUUAAGUUUCUGGAAUCCAUCCACGAGAGCAAUGUCUAAACAACUACGGUUUAAUUUCGGUCUUUUUAUUGAUAGGUUUAUUGACCCUACAUUUUUCAAGUUCUCAUUUGGUUAUGAUAAUAAAACCAACAGUUAUAAGGUAGUGAUGUUAACAUUUCACAGUGAGAAAUUUAAGAUAGUUGAGGCAAGAGUUUUUAGUUUGCGUGAUAAUGUUUGGAGAGAAAUUCAAAAUUUCCCUGCAGUUCCUUUUCAGUUGAUAGGAUUUCGCCAUCACGUGAACGAAGGUGUGUACUUGAAUGGCACUCUUAAUUGGUUGGCUAUUUUUUAUUUCAAAGUUACUUGUGGUGAAAUGAUUAUUUCGCUUGAUCUGGAAACUGAGACAUACAGGCAGAUACAGGUGCCUUCUGGUUUGGAGGAGAUUCCUUAUGUUUAUUCAACUAUAGGUGUAUUGAUGAGCUGUCUCAGUUUUUCGCAUCAUCUUCAUCAAACGCAUUUUGUAAUAUGGCGAAUGAUGGACUUCGGAGUUGAAGAAUCAUGA